AUGCCCGUUGUUACGCCGACAUCUGUGCAGAUUGCUGAAGCGGAAACAGCACUGGGAAAAGAGUACAAAGAGUUCAAGAAGGCGAUGGAGUCUGCUAGAAGACAAAAGAAGAUUGCCAACCGUCUCAAGAAGCUUCGCCUGAGUCUCAAAGUCCCAAUUAUCCCUGCAAAGAUCUACAAGAGCGGAAUCAUUCAAAACCAGGAGCACAAUUUCACCAAACUUCCACAUGAAGUCCGGGCCAUGAUCUUCAAAGCCCUGCCACUCAAUGCAGACCGCGCCGCUUUGGCCCUCACCUGCAAGAGCCAAGCCGCCACGUAUGAACAAUUGAAAGCCGAGAAGAAUAAGAAGGACUAUGACCAUCUUGUCCCCAAGCGCUCCGUCCGAACUCAUCGUCUGCAAAUUCUUUUCAUCGACACCGAGCAUGUGGACAAUAAAGGGGCAUGGGGAGGGGAUCCAAUGGAAGUGCAGGGACUCAAAGCAAGCAAAGCUGCUAUGGUUGAAGGCCCACGCUGCCCUUUACAGAUGCUCCUUCAAGAAGUAAUCAACCAGAGACACACCUUUGAGGGUGAAACGGUCGAAGUUGUCGCCUCCAACGACGUGGGUUCUGCCUAUGCAGCACUGGCCUUUGAUGACUGA